CUUCGACACAGUUCGGGGCGUCCAAGUCCUCAUUCUCAAUAUCACCAUUUGCAAGGUCAUGCUCUGAAGCAGGGCCGCGCUUCACCAAUCCAACCCUCCUCCGUUCCUGGAUCUACGUAUUCGUCAGGAAAUAAUAUCCUCCAUUCUCAUAGCGCCUACGGACCAUCGUCUCAGGAAGCGCCAUACUAUUCAAACCAAUCCUCUUCAUAUCCUCCAGCAACUGCAUCCGCGCAGUAUUCUUCCAGCGGUGAGUCGAACGCUCUCAUUUUAUGGUUAUACGUGCACCGUGCUUCACAUAUGAUUGCAACGUUACGCCCACGGGGAUCAGACCACAUGGCAGCCACCACCCAAAUGCAGCGGCCUUACCCCCCGAUCUACCACACUCCUCAAUCCAACUCUCCAGCGUCCGUAGCCUCGCAGCCUCAUGAUCAGCAUGCGCGCAAUAUCUACACGCAGUCUCCACAGAUGCCGCCCCAGAUGUACGGCUACGCGCCAUAUUCGCCCAUGAACCCUAUUCAACCGCCAUAUGCACACCCUUCACCCCAGUCGCAUACUCUCACAUCACAAUCCAUGAUGAUGCCCCCUCAGACUACAACUGCGCAAAUGUCGCCACAUCAACCAUCACACACAACCAGCACGGCUUUGUCCAGCAGCCCCGUUAUGAAAAUGGAUCCAAACCCUCAAGGAGCGCAACGGCCAAUGCUCAACCCUCCUCUCCCAAGUCCCAGCAACACCGGGAUGCCAGGUGCUGGUAUGCACCAGAAUUCACCUUUGGGAGCGAGCUCCAGCGCAGCACCAGGACCCAUCCCAGCCACAACCCCACUUGUUGUACGACAAGAUGGCAACGGAGUUCAAUGGAUUGCCUUUGAGUACUCCCGGGAUCGAGUCAAGAUGGAGUACACGAUCCGCUGCGAUGUGGAAUCCGUGAACGUGGACACUCUCAAUCCAGAAUUCAAAACCGAGAAUUGCGUAUAUCCCCGCGCCUGCUGCGGCAAAGACCAGUACCGAGGAAACCGCCUCGUCUAUGAGACCGAAUGCAACGCCGUCGGAUGGGCGCUCGCUGAAUUAAAUCCUGCUCUCCGUGGCAAGCGAGGUCUCAUCCAACGCGCAGUCGAUAGCUGGCGAAACAGCAACCAGGACCCCCGACUCCGCAGCCGCAGAGUCCGGCGCCAGGCUAAGUUGAGUCGCCGCCAGUCUGUUCCCACUGUUACUCCCCAUAUGGCCGCCGCCGCGCCCGUUGGACCGGGUCUGCCUAGCACGGCGAUGCACGCCCCGGGUUCUCGUCAAAAUAUUGGGCCCUUGUCUAUGGGCCCGCCUCAGCUGCAUCAUCAUCAUGCCCAACACGCUCAGUCGGAUGGCAGUCCAAAGAUGGAAGUGGGGGUUAGCGGCUCCGACUACCCCGGAACUCAGCAGUCUCUUGACACACGUCUACCCACCCCUCUGAUCCCGGACAUCCGGCCCGCACAGGUCUUCCAUGACACCGUCGGGCCUACCAGACAAACCGGCCCAGCCAUGCCACCGCUGAUGCGCGACAGUGGACUCAGCGCGCUAGGCCGGCACCCAACAAUUGCGACAUCCAGCCGCAUGGACACCGGCGUCGACGGCGACGACGAGCAAAGCCCAGACAACGAAGACCUCUUCGGUAAAUUGCCCGACGGCAAGAAACGCACGUUCAUCCUGGUCGAAGACCCGCACCGCGGAUCCCGUGUUCGAGUCAAGGUCAUGUUGGAUAAAGUCAAGAUGGAGGAAAUCCCCGACUCAUACCGCAAGUCCAACGCCAUGUACCCGCGCACCUAUUUCCCCGUGCAGAUGAAAGACGCCCCAGGCCGAGUGCUCACAGGACGACGUUUCUUCCGCGACGACACCGAGCAAGUCGACGAUCCGACUGACGCCACUGUCGGCCGCACGACGGUCCCUGCACCUUCUCUAGACGGUGAACGAGACGUUGUCGUACCCAAGCUUUCUCGGCGCCGCCACCGCAACGAGGUUCUCAUGAAUGACCUCGGAUACCGACUAAGCUGGAGUCAGAGCCGGGUGUUUGCGGGCCGUAUGCUAUUUUUGCAGCGAUCGUACGUGUCUCACUGGAAACUUUGGAUGAAAUAUGCUGACGAGAACGUAGUGGACGCCUACCGGAAUAAGAUGCGCAGUAGCAUGCUCGCUGCGGGUCAGGACCCAUCGGAUAUUCCGGAGCAUUUCGAUACUCGGCGUGGGAAGCGCAGGUUCCUGGAGCGCGGAGGUCGUCGGUUGGAGUCUGGGGCGCAAUCUGCUGCUCAACGGAGUGCGGAGGAGGUGGAGGGAUAA